AAACACGACAAACAUGAAGAUAUCUCGGAGUCCGACCACAACCUCUUUGGAUGAAUACGAGCUCAUGUCUGACGCCAAGUAUCGUAAAUAUGUUCAGGAGAUCGACAGAGCGUUGAAGGGCUUUGAAUACACGUCCGAAUGGGCAGAUCUGGUGAACGCUCUGGGAAAACUGAACAAGGUGCUGUUAAAUAACGUGAAGUACAGUGUAAUCCCCCGCCGAUUCACUGUUGGCCAGCGUUUGGCGCAAACCAUGCAUCCGGCCCUCCCAUCGGGCGUCCAUUUGAAAGCGUUGGAAACCUAUGAUCUCAUAUUUAAAUGUAUUGGAACCGACCGAUUAAUCCAAGAGUUGAGCAUUUACUCCAAUGGUCUGUUCCCGUUGUUGAGUCACGCGGCCAUUAAUGUGAAGCCAUCACUACUCGAGAUCUACGAGAAGCACUUUAUACCUCUCGGGCCGCGUCUGAAG